GAUUCAGCGUAUUCGAUGCCAUUUUAAGUAGUUGGCCUCCAGCAAACAGAGGAACUGCAAGAAGAGAAUUUUCAGAUAUCCCAGGCGGUUACCUCUACAGGUGGCAGUUUCUUGAAAUGAAGCAAUGUGUUUGACGACAGAUAAUUUUCAGACAGGAAAUUUAGCUGAAGCAAAGGAGAGCUAAAUGAUUGCAUAAUCCCCUCCUCCUUCAAGCUGUGAGUCUGAAGAAAUGGAAGCUACAAUGAGAAGCUUGCUCUCAGACAACAGCCGAUAUGUGGAAGCCUUCCGUCUUUUCCUUAAAAAUUCCACUGAACACCAGUGCAUGCAAGACUUUAUUAACACCAAGCUUCCAGAGAUCAUAUCAAGCCUUGGAAUUGAGAAGCCGGCUAUUGAUGUUCUGGGUAUAGGCAGUGGCUCAGGUGAAAUUGACUUGCAGAUGAUUUCAAAAAUACAAGUUAGAUAUCCGGGAAUUAAAGUGAAUAAUAAUAUUGUGGAGCCAAGUCCAGAACAAAUCUUAAGUUACAAGGAACGUGUUGCCAAGGCACCAGGACUAGAUAACGUGUCAUUCACCUGGCAUAAAAAAACUUCUCAUGAUUUUGAAAUCCAUGUGAACGAAACAAAGCAACAUAAAAAGUAUGAUUUUAUUCAUAUGAUCCAGAUGCUAUAUUAUGUAAAAGAUGUCUCAGCCACAUUAAAGUUCGUCAGUAGCUGUCUGUCACCUAAUGGGAAACUCCUUAUAAUUCUUGUAUCUGGAAACAGUGGUUGGUCACACUUAUGGAAAAAGUAUGGAUCUCACUUACCCCUAAAUGAUCUCUGCUUGUACGUAACCGCAAGUGACAUCCAGAACGAACUGAGCUCAAUGAAGGCAAAAUUUCAAAGCUAUGACUUGCACUCUGAAAUGGAUAUAACCGAAUGUUUUGUUGAUGGAGAUCGGAAUGGGGAGCUUCUCCUGGACUUUUUAACUGAGACUUGCGAGUUCAAGAAAUAUGCCCCUUCUGAUCUUAGAGAUCAAAUACUACAUGACCUAAAGAGUCCUGAGUGCAGCUCAACCAAAGAUGGGAAAAUUGUUUUCAAUAACAACCUCAGUGUAAUUGUGGUUGAAAAUCAAUGAACCAUUCCAUUGUACUGGUUAUGAGACGUGUGUAAUAUUUCAUCUGAGCCUGAUUGGCUAAAGCUAAAUCAUUUUAAUCCAUUUCUGAAUUAAUCAACUCAUUCUGGAUUUA